AUGAAUCCAGACGUUACGAAGGCAAAAGAAGACGGCUCGAGUAGUGUAGUAGGAGAUGAAGCAAACCCAAGGAUUAUCGAGAAACCUGUCGGCCCAGUAACCGACCAAAGUCCCAGAGAUGCAAAUGAAAGCGAAGACAAUGCCAGUGGAAAUGGAAAAGGGGAAGAGGAAGAAUCAAGUAAGAAAAAUGAAGGGGAGGAAUCAAGAGAAGUAGACGAAGGAGAAAAAGAGAAGGAAGUUGUAGAUGACGAAGAAAAGGGCAUGCUACCGAAACUACACUUUCCUUCAAGCCAAUAUCAAAAGUCUUUAAAGCUUUCAGGAAAAUGUUACAUUGACUCGGCGAUAAGAACUAUUCAAACGAUCCUGAAAGCGAAGGAGGUGGAAUGGUUCAUAGAGCACCCACAAUUCCAGCAUUUCUUCCAUAUUAAAAACCGAAAGCAGAAGUGGAUGGGAAUGUGGGUUCUCGUUUUGCGAUCAGCUUGUGUUGCGAAGAAGCAUGAGUUAUGGUUUGUCGUUAAUGGCGUCGCAAUCCGAUAUUCUCUUAGAGAAUUAGGACUCAUUUCUGGACUAUACUGCCAUGAGUAUCCCCCCAACCAUGAGAGGUUGGGUGGUACAACAUUCAUGAACAAGUAUUUUGGAGGGAAAAGGGUAACAUACGCUGACCUGGAGAAGCAGAUGUUGGCGAUGAAAUCAAAGCCAUCUGAGGAUCGUAAGAAGAUGGCCGUUCUGUUCUUCUUAGCCAGCAUCCUUGUCGGAGGCCGAAAGAGUGGUGAGGGAGCAUCACCUGUGGACAGUUUCUUCCUGAGUGUUGUUGAUGACCUAGAUGCGUGUGUAACGUUCCCUUGGGGGCGGUAUGCAUUCGAACAUAACUUGAAGGAUGUCUCUACCUUUUUGGAAAAAUGCGACGGGCUUGCGCCGACGAGUUGGGUUUUUACAAGCUUUCCUAUCCCUCUGGAGUUGUUGGCCUUUGAGGCAAUUCCAAGCUUGAGGAACCAUUUCCGAGAAGAUGUGAAUGGUGCAAAUAGUAGUUGUCCGCGGAUGUGCAAGAUGCAGUACAAACGGAAAAGUGGAACCAAGGAAUUCAGUCUGAAAGCUGUGAACGAUAAACUUGGUAAUAAUACAAAGGAUAUUGAGAGUAUCUUGGUAGCAACAGCAGCUGAGGAGGAACUUCUGGAAACCAUAGGAAUUGACAAGGAGAGUUGUUGGGCCGAUGACGCCGAUGAUGAAGCAGUUGAUGGUUGGACGAAGAUAAUACGGAAAGGGAAGAAACAAGUUUUCUUUGAAGAACAGUUCCGCAUGGAUUUAGAGUCUCGCACAGGUCAGAUUGAAGGUCCCACCAAUCCUAUCGGAGGACCAUCGAAUAAUGCACAAUCUGGUCAGGCUAAUGCUGAUUCGGUGGAGGUUAGUGGAACUACUCCUGGAGCUGAGGCUUUAAAAGCUAUGGAAGGUCGGCUUAUGAAUGCAGUCAGAGAUGCACUAGGUCUGCUAGAAGAGGAAGUGAAAAGUCUUAGGUUGAGUGUUCCCGGAAGUGACAAUCCGGCGGUCCAAGAUAAUGGUGAUGGUGAGUCGGAAGAAGAGGAUGGUAGUGACAAUAACGAGCCGGAGGAAGAGGAUGGUGGUGACAAUAACGAGCCGGAGGAAGAGGACAAUAAUGUUGAAGAUGUCAUUCUCGAAAUUUCAAAGGAUGUACAGAGGGAAUAUGGUGAUGCUGACUUGGAUGAUGAUGAUGCGGAGAUGUAUGCACAUGCUGCGGAGGUCGAAAAAAAAUUAAUGUCUGUAAACACGAAAAAAAAGAGGUCGAGAAAAGAUGAUGGGAAAGAAACAGUUCCUGUGAAAAAGGUUAAGUUGGUUGGUGAAACUGUGAGGAGUCCCAUUCAGCUAAGAAGCAAGGCAGCAGCGAAGGAGGCAGAAGCUGAGAAGGAGGCAGCAGCUAAGAAGAAGGCAGCAGCUAAGGCAGCAGGUAAGAAGAAGGCAGCAGGUAAGAAGAAGGCGGCGGCUAAGAAGAAGCCGAAGACAAAAAAAAAGUAG